AUGUGUACGAACAAUUUGUUGGACAACAUUAUAGAUAACGGUUUCUCCGGAUGUUUCAAUUGUUCUUGCAAAAAUGGAAUGGAUGUUCUUUUUUGGCUCAAUAAAUGGUUGGGAGAACAACCACUUUGCACGGAAUUCCCGGACUUGUAUGAAUUGUCAAAUUGGAAGCAUUGUACGGUGGCGGAGGUGUUAGUGCGGAUUGGAGGUUCGGUUAGGUGGGAUUUUGGAGGCCUUUUUUCAGCCGGAUCUACUCACGGCUUCUCCAACACUGUUGCGGAAACAGCUAGUCCAAAUUGGACUCGGUUUUGUGACCGCAUACGGGGAUUCAUUCCUAGUGAGAAUGGUUGUGACACUUUUUCGUGGUCUUUAGACGAGGAUAAGGAUUUCACCGUUGCGAGCAUUACUCACGUGAUUGAUAGCGCCAAAUAUUUUGCAUGGGAUUAUCAUUUGAUUAAUCCCUUGAAAGUGAUGUGGGAGCUUAAACUACCGCCCAAGAUUAAGGUCUUUGCUUGGAGAUUCUUUAUUGAUCGGCUUCCUACUAGAGAUCAAUUAUUGAAAAGAGGUGUUGCUAAUGUCUCGAGCCUGGAUUGUGUGAUGUGUGGUUCUUCCUUUGAAUCAUCUUCCUAUCUUUUUUUCACUUGUCAAGAGGCGAAAAUAAUUUGGAAACACGUUUUUAUUUGGCUCGGAAUUUCGGAGGCGAUUAAUGUGGAGGAGAUAAUUUGUUUCGAUGUUAUUCAAGAAAAGGUGAAAUGUUGCAAGCGAAGAAUUUUAAUCAAUUUUGUUUGGGUGGCUACUAUUUGGAGCAUUUGGCUUAUGAGGAAUGCUAUUAUCUUCAAGGGGGAGGAGUUUUGUUUUGAUGUUAUUUGUUCUAACAUUGUUUUUCUUUCUUGGAGAUGGAUGUAUAGUGGAUAUACUAAGUUUAGACCAACCUAUUAUGAAUGGUUUAAACUUCCUUUAUCCGACACAUGCAGUCUAUAG